CCACGAAGACACACGUGAAGCAAGCACCCCUGCUCUCGUGUUCCUUCCUCACAUCCUUCCAUCUGCCUCUAGUCUAUCUAAUUCUAGUGUGCUUGCACCCCAGCACAUAUGGGUGGGUCUACUAACCUUCCUCCUGGUUUCCACUUCUUCCCAUCCGACGAAGAACUCGUCAUCCAUUUCCUCCGUCGCAAGGCCUCUCUCCUCCCAUGCCGACCUGAUAUUGUCCCUACACUGCCUCUGAAUCGUUACGAUCCAUGGGAACUGAACGGCAAAGCACUUAAAGCAGGGAACCAGUGGUACUUCUUCAGCCACGCGACACAGAGUAGGACUUCACGAAAUGGGCACUGGAAUCCCGUCGGCGCUGAUGAGUUGGUAAGUAGCGGUGGUUCUAAUGUCGGUCUAAAGAAGACGUUCAUCUUCUCCAUUGGAGAAGAGCCCUUUCAGGCUACCAAAACCAACUGGGUUAUGAAUGAGUACCACUUACUCGACGGGAAUGGGAGUAGCAGCAGUUCAGGUAGUUCACGCAAGCGGUCCCACAAGAAGAAAGGCCACUCAGACAAAGAAUCCAGCAAUUGGGUGAUAAGUCGGGUGUUCGAGUCGAGCUGCAAUUCUCAUGCGAGCUUCCAAGAGGAGGACAUGGAGCUUUCAUGUUUAGACGAGGUGUUCCUAUCCUUAGAUGACUAUGAUGAAGUCAGUUUGCCGAAAAAUUAGAAUCCUUGUUAGCAAGGUUCAUAGAGUAGGUUUUGUGCCUACCAUGCCAUCUGAUCAUGAUGAUUCUCAUAAGAAAAGUUUAUUCCUUGACGAUUAGAUGAUUUGGUAGGCGUUAAACCUAACUCGCGCCAGCUAGACCAGAGAUGUAAUUAUUCUCCUCCAAGAAGAUGCAUGAAACAAAUUUAAUAUGCUUUAACUACUAUGCAAUAUUAGUAUGUAAUGGAUACUCUUUUUCUCCAAGAGAUUGCUCCAGCA